CCUUUGGCGGUUUUUCACCGAAAAUGAUAGUAACAACUUUUAUACCUUCAGAAACAGAAGAGCUUACAACGUGAUGGACAAUUUGCAAGAAGAAGAAUGUAUAGCUCCAGAAUUCAGCAUCAAUCUGAUAUUUAAUCUGCAGCAACUUUAUGAUGAUCAAAAAUUGUGCGAUUUUACCAUCAAAGUUGAUAGCAAAGAAUUCAAGGUUCACAAAGUUGUGUUGGCCAGUGUCAGUGACUACUUCAGAGCUAUGUUUGAUCAUGACAUGAUUGAGAAUCAAGAAGACUCUACAGAGCUGAAGGGUCUCACGGAGGCAGGCGUGGGACCACUCAUUGGAUUCUUCUACUAUGGAACCUUAAGAUUAAAUCUUGGAAACAUUUAUGAUGUGAUGAAUGCAGCAACAUUUCUUCAAAUUAUUCCUGCUGUAAAUUGCUGUGUACAGUAUUUGAAGAACAAAUUAACAUUUGAAAAUGCUGAAUAUUUGCUCAAAAUUGCAGAUUUGUACUCUAUUCCGAAUUUGAGAAGUUAUUACAAAAAAUAUAUUUUAGAUAAUUUCCUAGAAUAUGCACUUACAGAUCAGUUUCUAAGUUUAGACAGUGAAACAUUAGCAAAUUAUCUCAGUGAUGAUAGUUUGAAUACAACAUCAGAGUGCAUGCUUCUCCAUCUAGUGUUGAACUGGUACAACCAUGAUCCGGAUUCUCGCAAAAAAACAGCUAGAUCUGUGUUUGAGAAAAUCCGUUUUGUUGUGGAUGGAUGGCCUAUUUUGUAUUUUGCCAUUCAUUUGGAACCAUUUAAAUCACUGCCUGAACUUAAAAAUUUGAUAGAUUUCGCAGACUCUUGUUUGACCAACCAUCACACACGCUUCCUGACCAAUGAUCUGAUGACAAGAGUCAGAUAUCCUAAGAAAUCCCUGAUUCAAAUUGGAGGGAAAAUCAAGCUUACAGAUUCAGAUUUUUUGGAUUUUCCUGAUGUGUCUCUAGACUCGUUUGAAGAUUCAUUUAGGAUUGCAUGGCACAAGAAUCAUUAUUAUCAUGCUGAUCUCAAACGUUGGCUGCCACUCGGAGCAUCAGAGAUUGGUGAAAAACGCACCUGUGGUGGUACUCUGACUGAAGUCAAUGGAAAUGCCGUACUGUGUGGGGGUUAUAUUCACAAGAUGGAUGAAUUCGGAGAUGAGGAGAGCGACGUCACUGACGAGACCUGGCUGUUCACUGCCAGUGACUGUCGCCUGAGGCCAUUACCACCAAUGAAGCAUCCAAGAGAGGGACAUGCAGCAGUCUUCUUGAAUGGAUGCCUCUACGCCAUUGGAGGAUGUGAUGAUUUUAAGUUACUGUGUUCAGUGGAGAAGCUUAGUGGUGAAAAUGGCAAAUUAUCAUGGUCCUAUGUCCGACCCCUUUCUGUUUCAAUUGAACAUCAUGCUGCUGUUGUAUGUAAAAACAAGAUUUACAUAUCAGGAGGAUUUGAGCAAAGAGAUAGAGAAUCGGACAAAGUUUGGUGCUACAGUCCAGAGCUCAACCGAUGGCACAAGAAAAAGUCCAUGUGGGAAAAGAGAACUAGUCAUGGAAUGGUGAACAUUAAUGAUGUGAUAUAUGUAAUGGGAGGAAAGAAUGACACAGGGAUAUUGGAUACCAUGGAAACCUACAAUGUGGAGACCAACACCUGGACAAAACUAUGUACCACUCUACCAUGGCCUACAUACAAGGCCGGCACUUUUGUCAUGGAUGAUAAAAUCUGGCGUGUUGGAGGAAGAAUGGAGUUGGAUAUAAAUGACCCUGAAGAGUUAAGAUCUGAUAGAAUAGAGGAAUACGACCCCAAAGAGGAUACCUGGAGCAUCAUGGGCAGACUCCCAAGGAAACUAGACAAACCAGCUUGUUGUGUUUUGACAUUAAAACUGACAAGUGAUGGACAGUUUGAAACAGAUGAAAUCUAUCGUAAAUAUGAAGACCUUUUAGAGGAGAAUGAUCUGAACUUGGAACUGGAAAACUUUUACAAUCCAGCGCAGGAACAUUCUUGACCUUUGAACCUGAAAUUUGUUUAUGGAACUUGAACAAAGCAGAUAAUAUAGAAGUGAAAUUUUCGUCCAAUUUGUAUGAGCAUUAUAUGUUUUAAUUUUACAGAGGGUUUAUGCCUUCUAUCUACCUCCUAAAGCAUGCUUGAUAUUGGAGUGUGCAUUUGAAAUAUUGAGAUACUCGUACUAUUUUCUUGAAUUUAUCAGAUACCUGAAUCCUUUUACAUGUAUUUCUUAAGGAUUUUCAGGUUGGAAUGCAGUGCAUCUUUUCAUGACUGAAAAAUAUGGAAAAACAUUCUUUCUCAUUUAGAUAAUUUUUUACACUGCUAUUCAGUAUGACCAUCUACACUGUACAGCAUUUCUAUGGGAAAUUUUGUGUUUGAAUAAUAUUUUUGGUUAGACGACAAUGUUAUUGAUUUUGAGUUAGUCAUUUGAAACUAAAACAAUUUUCUAUUUAACGCUGAAUAUUAGGGUCUUAUCAAAUUGUAAAUUCUCCAAAAAUCAAGUAGAGUACGGUAAGCGAGUUUGCUCUGAUGCUUUGUUUUCAGGUCAUACAAUGGUAAGUUAUCUUCUUGAAUUAUUCUCAGGUAGAGAAAUGACCUUUCAUUCGUCAUUAGAUGACAUAUUAUGCAGACUUUGUAAAUGUUAAAACAAUGUGCCAACUUUGGAUGUGAUUUUUACAUGCAUAUCUUCAACUUUUAGCCGUGUAUCGUAAAGUUUGGACUUAAUUUUAGGAGCCAUAUAAAGAUUGUGUUUAAUAUUGUUUUUCAUUUUUAUGUACCAGAAAUAACUUGUGGUUUUGUAAGACUGCAAGUUAUACACACUUAAAGGAUUUGUUAUUAUUUUUUAUCCCAAAAAUAAUUUCAUAAGUUACCCAUUUAAGAAAGAAAUUUACCUCAAUAACCAACCACUCAGAGAAAUAUUCAAUUUGGUAAACAGCACAACUUGUCAAUGACAUUAUUUUUUCCCUUCCUGUCACUUGACUUGUAAAGUGCAGGCACAUUACAAGCGUAUGCUUUAUUAACCUGCCAAAUAUUGUUUAGAAUUAUAUGGGAUAAUCAGCAGGGUUGGUUAGGAUUUUUUACAUUAUCUGAAUUUUCUAUCCCUAUUAUGUAGCAGAAUUUACAAUAAAUGAUUAUUUUACAACAGGCUUA